AUGAUUUUUAGUAGAAAUUUUUUUUUAGUUUACGAGAAUUUAUUAUUAAAAUUCUUUUUAUUUUUAACAAUAAAAAAAAGAAACAUCAAUAAUUUUUUCAAUAACAUAACAAUUAUUGAUAAAAAAAUUUUUUUAAUUUUAAUUUUUAAUUUUUAA